GAAAAUAUCCUCCACUAAUCUCCCGAAUUACAUUGACAUUCCGAGGCUUGACCGUCACGAAAUAAGUUCGGCUAUGCAGUUUUUUUGUUCUGUUUUCGCAGAACAUUCAUAACUCAUGGCUCGACCGUCCGUCGCCGAGAUGCUGUCUGAAGGAUCACCGGAGAAAGGCGAAGCAAUGAAAGGUCUCAAGGGAGUCAACUCGAAGGAUCCGUUUCUCAUCCAGUACCAGUCGUCGGAAUUGAAGGUCGCAUCGGAGUUCUUGACGACGUGGCUGCCUUUCCUGUCCAGAGAUCUUUGUCAACACUGCACGAAAAAGCUCUCCAAGCGCAUCCUCUCUCUUCACUCAGAAGAUGCAGAACCUUCAAAUUCAGAUGCUAAUGCAACCCCUUCUACUUCUAGUGACAUGGUGUUGGUGCUGAAUGAGAUUUGUGAUGAUAAUUGUGAGGUGAGUUCGACUGCAAGUUCAAAAGAUGAGCCAAAUGGGUGGUCUGAACCCAAGCCAGAAGCUUCCAUUAGUGGAGUAACUGGGAACUCUCCCUCAGUUGAGACUCCAACUCCUCGUAUGUCUUGGGCAGACAUGGCACAGGAAGAUGAGCUUGUGGAGGUAGAAGAGCAACAGCGUGAAGCAACCAAGCACAUGGUCGAUCUUAACUCUUCCACAAGAGAAUUGAGGGUAUCUAAAGUUGUGGAGAAGCCUAAGUUGUCUAGGGAUGAAAGGGAGUACAUUAGGUUUAUGAAUGUGAAGAGGAAGAAAGAUUUUAUUUGUCUUGAGAGAGUAGGAGGAAAAUUCGUUAACAUUCUUGAGGGACUUGAACUUCAUACAGGAAUUUUCAGUGCAGCUGAGCAGAAGAGGAUAGUAAACUAUGUUUAUAUGCUUCAGGGGAUGGGACAAAAGAGAGAAUUAAGAGAACGAACAUAUACAGAACCACCUAAGUGGAAGAGGGGCAAAAGGCGUGUAACUAUCCAAUUUGGUUGCUGUUACAACUAUGCAACAGAUAAAAAUGGCAACCCACCUGGUAUUCUUCAAGAUGAAGUUGUAGAUCCUAUUCCUCAUCUCUUUAAGGUGAUGAUUAGAAGGCUUAUUGGAUGGCAUGUGAUCCCACCAACUUGUGUUCCCGACAGUUGUAUUGUCAAUAUUUAUGAAGAAGGCGACUACAUACCUCCUCACAUUGACAACCAUGACUUUGUUCGACCAUUUUGUACUGUGUCAUUUCUUAGUGAAUGCAAUGUUGUUUUUGGGUCAAACUUAAAGGUUGUGGGUGCUGGUGAAUUUGGUGGUUCAAUUGCAAUUCCACUUCCUGUGGGAUCAGUUCUUGUUUUAAAUGGAAAUGGUGCUGAUGUGGCUAAGCAUUGUGUUCCUGCAGUUCCUACAAAAAGGAUAUCAAUCACAUUUAGGAGAAUGGAUGAAUCAAAGCGGCCAAUGGGGUAUGCUCCAGAACCUGAUUUGCAGGGGAUUGAACCAUUAUCCUAUGAAGCAGAAAAGGUCAAGAUAAGUUCACCUAGAUCUGAUCGCCAUACAAGAAAGCAGCUGGUUAGAAGGGGGGGUAAAACAGAAGCAAGGGGAGUAAUAGAUUCCUAUGAGAGGCAAGAACCUGAACCACGUUAUUCAAACCGGACUAGAAGAGUAACUGCAAAUGAGAGAAGGACCAAGUUGAGUCUUGGGAGCUGAAUGAUUGCUUGGUUUUAGUUAUGGGUAUUAAUUUUUAAUCUGUCUAUUAUAAUGGUCCAUUAAGUGUUUGGAAAGGCUAUAGAAUUACUGUUAUAGAUGUGCCAAAUGGUUUCCUAGCAUGAUUCUUACCCAGCAGAUAUCUCUGAGCUACUGGGAUGCCAAGGCAGUGGAUAUUUGGUGAGUUUCUCGUACUUGCUUUUAGGAGUUAUACUUAAGAGUUAAGAUGGCUGCCAAAAUUUAUAUUCCAGAUGUUUUUAAUUUUAGGAAGUCAUUGUUUGAUUCCAUGUUCAGAUAAAUAAGUGAUGGCUACAUAUUGGAUUCGUAAUUGGAUGGAUCUCAUAUUAGAAGCACUGCAGUGCUGGGGAUCUAUGAUUGACUGAAACCUUGUUUGAAGCUGCUUGUUUUUGAUGGAUUGCAUUGCUGCGGUGCCAUAAGCAAAGGAUUAGCAUCCUGUUGACUUAAGGAAAGCUGUAAGAGCUUCUAUAUUUUUUCUCUUCCCCAUCUGUGUUGAUUGAUAUUCUGAUAUAUUUUGAAGUUGUACAAGAGGAUGUUACUUAUAUAGUAAUCAUACCACAUAUAAUGGUUUUG